GAUCAGCGGUGCGCUGAGUCCCUCAGACACAGCGGAUCACCGAUCCACGGAAAGAGCCGAAGAUGUCGGCUCGGUCAUGUGAUCAGCUGUGUCCAAUCACAGCUGAUCACAUCAGCGCCACCUGUCAGUGUUCAUCAGUGCCAGCGCUCAGUGCUCAUCCAUGCCACCUGCCAGUGCCCAUCUGAGCUGCCUUUCAGUGCCACCUAUCAGUGCCGCCAGUCAGGGCCAUAUAUGAAUGCUGCCUUUCAGUGCCCAUCAGUGAUGCUUGUCAAUGCCACCUACCAGUGCCUCCUUAUCAGUGUCCAUCAGUGCAGCCUAUCAGUGUCCAUCAGUGCAGCCUAUCAGUGUCCAUCAGUGCAGCCUAUCAGUGUAGCCUAUCAGUGUCCAUCAGUGCAGCCUAUCAGUGUCCAUCAGUGAAG